AACCGCGAUGACCACCAUGGCAGACACCAAGAACACCCCCAGCGCCCAGCUCUCCGACGAGACCCUCAUCGGCUGGCUCCGCGACAUGCUCAACAUCCGCGAGUUCGAGCUCCGCACCAUGGCCGCCUACCAGCAGGCCAAGAUCGGCGGCUUCUGCCAUAUCUAUAUUGGCCAGGAAUCCGUCGUCGUCGGCACCUUCGCCGCGCUGAACCACGACGACCCGAUCGUCACCGCCUACCGCGACCACGGCCACGCCCUGGCCCGCGGGAUGGACCCCGGCGCGUGCAUGGCCGAGAUGUACGGCAAGAUCACGGGGUGCGCCAAGGGCAAGGGCGGGUCGAUGCACAUGUUCGACAAGCCCAACUGGCUCUUCGGCGGCCACGGCAUCGUCGGCGCCCAGACGCCCCUCGGCGCGGGCCUCGCCUUCGCGAGCCGCUACCACCAUGAAGUGAUCGGCGAUGGCCCCAAGAAGGUCACCCUCUGCUUCCUGGGCGACGGCGCGCUCAACCAGGGCGCCCUCCACGAGGCGAUGAACCUCGCCGGCCUCAUGGGCCUGCCCGUCAUCUACAUCGUCGAGAACAACGGCUACUCCAUGGGCACGUCCAUCGGACGCGGCACGACGAUGGCGGACAAGCUCUACAAAAAGGCGGAGGCGUACGGCAUCGAGCACCGCACGAUCGACGGCCUGAACAUCCUGAACCUCUACGACGAGUUCAAGCCCUUCGCGGACAUCCUCCGCGAGGAGCAGCGCCCCGGCUUCGUCGACCUCAAGACGUACCGCUACCAGGGCCACUCCAUGUCCGACCCGCAGAAAUACCGCACGAAGGAAGAGGUCGCGGAGUUCAAAGAGCGCGACUGCGUCGACACCCUCGCGCACCACCUCCUGAGCGAGCGCGGCUGCCUGAGCGAGGACGAGUUCAAGCAGAUGCAGAAGGAAGCGAAGGACAUCGCGAAGAACGCGGUGAAGUUCGCCGAAAGCUCCGAGGACCCGGACCCGGAGACCGAGCUCUACUCGGAUGUGUUCGUCAACCCGCAGAAAGGGCUCUCGCCGAGCGGGGAGUACGUUGAGGGUGUGAAGAAUCCGCUGCUGUGA